UUAGAGCGGAAGUCAAAGGUGUCCUUUUGAUAUAUGUCCGUGCGGGAGCUACAAUCGCAUCCAAAAUGGACACCGCAAAUGCUGGCCAAAUGAUGAGCUUAGCGGCUCUCCAGAGACAAGACCCAUACAUCCGCACGCUGCUUGACGUUACCGGCCAGGUGGCCCUCUACAACUUCAACUCCAUGGCCAACGAAUGGGAGAAGACAGAAAUCGAGGGAACCCUGUUUGUUUAUACGAGGUCCGCCUCCCCACACCAUGGCUUCACCAUCAUGAACCGACUGAGCGCAGAGAACCUGGUGGAGCCAAUCAACAAAGACCUGGAGUUCCAGCUGCAGGACCCUUUCCUUCUCUACAGGAAUGGCAACAUGGGCAUCUACAGUAUUUGGUUCUAUGACAAGAGGGAUUGCCAGCGCAUUUCUCAGCUUAUGGUCAAAAUUGUGAAAGUCGAAGCCGAACAUGCCAAAAGACAAUCUCCGGAGAAGGCGGAGCCCAGGCGGCCCAAUGGCCUGUCUGAAGCGCGGCCCAGGGACAUCCUGGAGUUGCUUAGCAAAGCCAAGGAGGAAUACCAGAAGGCUCAGUCAAGGGACGCUGAUGUAUCUACGGAGCCGAACGCAAUGGGAACUUUAAAUCAUGUCCGCAGUUCUCAGCCGCCUGAUAAGAAGACUCAUACAAUGGUGAAGCAGAUCACAGUCGAGGAGCUUUUCGGCUCAUCUAUCCCGAAGGACCCCUCUCUGCCCGCUAUGCCGACCCAAAAUCCCGCCACUGCUUCCGGUGAGCCCUCGCUUACCUACCCCCAGAACCAGACCUAUCCCCAUCCAGUCCACCCAAGCCCUCUGCAUCCUCCACACCUCGCUGCCCAGGAUGCUGGCUCAGAACCGGUUCACCAAGGACACGGCCUGCUCCAAAAACCUUACGCCUUACACCCGAGCCCUGUUUUCCAGUCAGUGGGGCCGGAGACCGAGCCCCGGUCUCUGUGCCCGGUCUCACCGCUCAUGGUCCCUCCAGCAGCUUCCCAAACUCAAACCUUCCCCGCUGGGCCCGCAGUGCAUGCAGCGCCUUCCCGUGCCUAUAUGGAACAGGAGCUACUAGGCUCACUCAAACCAUCAGUCCAGUCGCUUAAUGUCGAAAUCCACAAACCUAUCCUAGCACCUAAUUUCCUGCCAAGCACGCUGGUACCGCCCCAUAACUUCCAAGAAUGCAUGAGGAAACCAGUCCUCCAGCUCACACAAGAGAUGGAUGUUCUCUCUAAAGCCCCAAACCUGAUCAAACCAACAUCGGCUGUCCCUAUGAGUCCCGGUCUUGCCCUUUCUGGGUCAGAUUCCUCUGUGCUUCUGUCUCCCAGCGCAUUCCAGCAGUCCCUCAAUAAGACUGGUUCAGCGGUAGUCCCUCCACCCCCCGCCAAACUCCUUAGCACAACUGCAGGGUCUUUGGAGCCCCAACAACCCUCCUGCAACAAAGCCCGGCUCCAGAAGACUCUCAUACACCUUAUUAAGAACGACCCAGCCUUCCUCGGAGCCAUUCACGACGCGUACCUGCAGAGUCUGUCCAAGGACUUCAGCAGCCUGAAGCUAUAAUUUGCCUCCUCGCUGCAACGGGCGCUCAGGUCAGGUCGGGGCGGGGAUGUCACCGCUGACGACUGACUCCUCGCAUAAUAGGCCACGCUCGUGUGGUCUGUCGUUCUACGGGGCCGGGACUAGAGACUGGCACAACCUCAUUUUUUUUUUUUUUUAACACCGCCCGAAGGUUUCCCUAACCUUACACUGACUGCUUGGUGAGACCCUGAACUCAAGUCUCUGGACUUUGAAAACUUCCUUUGCAACAAAUUGUCCCAUUGGGAGAUACUCAAUAUUAGUUCCCUUAUUUCAUUUGUGGAGGCCCCUCCCUCAAAGUAAUUCUGUGUUCUCGUUAGCACAGUGGCACACGUUUGUCUUUGUAAAAUCUCUCGCAAUGAGUUGGCUUCUUACGGGGUUCUCGCUCUCGCAGUCAUAUUCAAAGUCCUUUCAUGAUUGUGUGGAAAAUUACUUGCAGUAACAUUGCCAAACUGAAAAAAAAGUCUCGUGUUUAACGCUACGUUUCAGGAGGCAGACAAACACUUUCUUUUUUGCUCCCUCCGCUUACUUUCGCUUUGUGGCUUGCCUUUACAUUUACCGUUCAUCAGUGGCAACAUUCAGCAAAGCAGGCACAAAAUAACCCAGGUGGAUUUUCUGUGAAUAUUCGGUGUUUUCUCUAUGAAUUUUGAACCAGGCAUGAAAGUAUUACGCCCGUCAUCCCCGCUCAUUUUGAUAACGCUGCAUAAGCGUCACAGAGUAACGAGCCCUUUGGCUUUUAAAAAGGACAUCCCAAUGCAAAGUGUCCACUCCAAAUAGUUUGUAUGAUUGAGAAUAUAUACACAGUGUAUAUAUAUAUAUAUAUAUAUAUAUAUUCAUAAAAACUAACCGAGAGUCGUACAACAAAGUAAAUACCUCGAGGUAUGUGCAUACUCUUACAGUGGUGCAUUUAAAUAGGAUACCGUUAAAGAUAGUUGACUGGUUUUAUUGUCACAUCGCCUUUGGAGUACAUACAAUGUGUAUGACUUGCGUAGUAAUGGCCGAAUAAUGAAUGCAUCGGUUGUGACUGCCGGGGUUAUUUUGAAUGUUUGCAUAAGUCGACUGUGAGGGACUCACAAGCAGUUGUUUAAUAGGAUUUUUUUUUUUUUCAGUGCACAUGGGAGUGAAAUAUGAAUUUUGGAAGUUCCGUUUUACCAGCCUGUGUCCAAACCAAUAUUAGCUCACGUUAGGAAAAAGGGAUCAAGUUGAGGUUGUUUUUGUAUUUGCAUUUGAUAUUUUUAAGGUCAUUUUAAUGGUCAGCUGUGUCUUUGCGCUCAUAAUUUUGGGGGAAAUUCUGCAGUUAUUUGCUUUUAUUUUUUUGCCUGAGGUGUGUGUCAUUUGGUUUACUGUGAGUAUUUUUGGGUUAUUUAAGGAUUGAGACAAUAAAUGUUCUUGUGAGCCUUCACAAUUUCUCGAAAGAU